CAGGUACUUAUGGAGCCAGAAUCUGAGGCCAAUGGGACUGCUGUGACUGAGUUCAUCCUGCUGGGCUUGGUGGAUACGCCAGAGCUGUGGCCCCUUGUCUUUGUGGUCUUCCUCUUUGCCUAUCUGGUCUCAGUUGGGGGCAACCUAAGCAUCCUGGCUGCCAUCUUGGUGGAGCCCAAACUGCACACCCCCAUGUACUUCUUCCUGGGGAACCUGUCAGUGUUGGACGUUGGGUGCAUCACUGUCACUGUCCCUGCCAUGUUGGGUCGUCUCGUGUCCCACAAGCGUGUAAUAUCCUAUCAUGCCUGCCUCUCCCAACUGUUCUUCUUCCACCUUCUGGCUGGGAUGGACUGCUUCCUGUUGACAGCCAUGGCAUAUGACCGAUUCCUGGCCAUCUGCCGGCCCCUCACCUACAGCACCCGCAUGAGCCAGAUGGUCCAGUCCACACUGGUGGUUGUGUCCUGGGUCUGUGGCAUCAGCAAUGCACUGACCCACACUAUUGCCCUAUCUACUCUUAAGUUCUGUGGGCCCAAUGUGAUCAACCACUUCUACUGCGACCUCCCACAGCUCUUCCAGCUUUCCUGCUCCAGCAUCCAGCUCAAUGAGCUGCUGCUCUUUGUUAUGUGUAUUCUAAUGGCAGGUGUCCCUAUGGUUCUCAUUAUCACCUCCUACAUCCAUGUGGCCGUGGCAGUACUACGAAUCCGUUCUGCGGAGGGCAGGAAGAAAGCUUUUUCCACGUGUGGCGCCCAUCUCACUGUGGUUUGCCUCUUCUAUGGAACUGGUAUCUUCAACUACAUGCGUCUGGGUUCGGAGGAGUCUUCAGACAAGGAUAAAGGUGUUGGGGUUUUCAACACAGUUAUCAACCCCAUGUUGAAUCCUCUUGUCUACAGCCUUAGAAACCCUGAUGUGCAGGGUGCUCUGUGGCGGGUACUUGUGGGGAAGCGGUUACUGACUUGA